GACUUCUCCUUAUUGACACGAGUUUAUUUUACAUUACAUAGGAAGACAUGGGCUGGGGUUUCAAGACAAAUUAUGUCAUUUCUGUGGACAGGUGUUAACAUAGUAAAUUAAAAAAACUUUCGGGAAUAUAUCUAAUAAUCUUGGACACGAUAAUCCCUCAGACAACAAGACCUGAACACGAGAUUCUUAUCACAAACAAAACUUACAGACGUCUGUCUAUUUACCACCACUCUCAAGCAAAUACCGCCUCUAUUCCAACCAGAUACAAUCCAAACGCUUCGCUGAAGUUUCUUCUUCAUUGAUUGACAGCACAAUUAAGAAGGGUUACCGUUAGAAAACAAUGAUCUUCAGAAUAGUUGGUAUAAAAUAGUGUCUAGAAUUAGCUACGGCACAGUCUCACCUACUAGCAACAUGGGUAAAGAUCGCAGAAGCUCAGUGCGCGUAGGAGAUAUCUUGGAUGAUAGUCAGCUGUGCCAUAUUAUAAAGAAGUGUAUUGGGGAUGGGAGCUGGCAGCUUGUGAGCGCUGAGCUGAGACCAGCUGCAGCGGAAGGAAUAGCUGGUUUCCUCGGUGACCAUUUUAGACUGACUGUGAGAAUCAAGCUGGAUGGCAGACUGGUGAUCAUCCGACUGUUCGUCAAGUCCUUGCCGCUGAACAAUGCGCCGAAAGCUGAAUUUAUCGAUGAGCAUCAUUUUAACAAGAAGGAAGUGUCGAUAUUCAAGCUGUUAGAUGAAAUGGAUAUACUAGUAGAAGAUGCAAACCCGUUUGUGGCCAACGCGCUCCUCUACAACGAGUCCAUCCUUGUGAUGCGCGACCUGACCCCCGAGGGCUACUCCACCACCAACCAGCUGCAGACCUUCGACCUGCCGCACGUGCUCGUGACCCUCGCCUCCGUCGCUCGCUUCCACGCCGCCUUCGCCAACCACGAGACCAAGAAAUCCCUCGCCCUUCAACGCCCGUACUCAAUCGUAGAAGAACACCCCCACAUCAAUGUUGAGAGCAACUUUAAAGACACGCCUUGGAUCCACUCCGGAGCCAAACUUAGCGCCAACAUCAUCAACACUUUCUCAAACAAAUACAACACCAUUCCAGAUUUAGAAACUAAAUUCCUAAAACAGUUUUUAGAAGCCUGUGACGAGCUAGCAGAGCAUAAGGAAACCUUAAACGUGGUGCUGCAUAAGGAUCUUUGGGUUAACAACAUCAUGUUCAAAUAUGAGAACGGUGUACCGAUAAACUCAAUCUUAGUGGACUUCCAAUGUGUGCGCUACGGACCGCCCGCUUUCGAUGUUACUUUCUUUAUAUACAAUACUACUUCACGGAGCUUCCGUGAGCAAUACGAGGGUACUUAUCUUAAACACUACUUUAAUAUCUUCACAGAGUUCUUAGACGUACAUACCAAGUCGCGUCUUAAAGUUUUAGGGUAUGAUUUCGAAGAUUUUCUCCGCUGGAUCGAGUAUAGUAAAAGAUUCGCUGGGCUCGGAGGGAUUAUGCUGGGGCCUUACGUCUUGAUGGACCCGGGGACGGCUCAGGUGACCUUUGACGACCCGGCCACGUUCGAGAAGCUUACUAAUGAGGAUCGCUCGGAGCCUGUGUUGGCGCAUGCGCGCCGCUGUGCUGAGUACAAGCGGAGGCUGGUUGAUAUAAACGAGGAGUUUGUGGAGCGGUACGUGCGACCUUAAAAUCGAAUAUGAAUUUAGCUGUUAAUAUUUUCUACAUUUUACAAAAUUGUUGUAUAUAAGUACGUAAAUACAUAAACUCACUCCUGUAUUCCUACAUGGGUAGGCAGACCACAUGUUAACAUGUAGGAUUCGAGUUGAAAGAAGAGAAUUGUGAUAUUAAAGUGACGGGUAACCUCUGUGAAGAACGUGUUUAGAGAAAUAUGAUGGGUGAAAUAUGAUCCUAUAAUGUAAAUAAUAAAUAUCGUAUAAAUAGCUACAUACCAAUGAUAAUACAUUUCAAUUUAAAUACCA